AUGGCUGAAAAAGAGUCCACAUCGCAUCGCCUCCUGGUUCCCAUUCUUCUCCUGGUUGGAUGGAUCGUAGGCUGUAUCAUAGUGGUUUACAUCGUCUUCUCCUAG